AUGGUGUUUGUUGUAACGCCAAAUAAAGAUAAGAGAUCUGUGGAAAUGAGUGGACAUCAUCAUGGUACUGGAGGAGUCCAUCAUCCAAUGCCAAUGGUCUCAAAUACAUUGUUACCAUUACAUGUUAAGGAGAUGACAUUGUCAGCUUCAUCAAACACAACAUCAACAACAUCAUCAUCAUCAACAAGUAACACAAAUAAUAGUAAUAAUAAUAUAGAUAUUGUAGAUAGUGAUCAAACAUUGAUCAGAGUUGAAGAUAAUAUAUCUUCACAUCAACAUCAACAUCAACAUCAACAACAACAUCAACAACAAUUACAACAUAGACAACAACAACAACAAUCACAACAACAACAACAACAACAGCAACAAAUUAAUCAGGAGCAGCAGGAUUCAUCGAUCACAUUCUCUUCUCCACCUCCACCUUCAAAGACACUCUUUGAACGAUUACUUGAUCAUUUGUCAGCGAGUUAUAUAUUCUUUUGGAUCCCAAUAUGUAUCAACUUGGCCCUAAUCAUACUCUCAUGGCUGUUCCCAUCCUAUGUCGUCAAGUCAAAGCGAGAAAAGGAAAGGAAUAGACGAAUUGAAUACCUACAUGAUAGAAUGAAGACGGCAGAGAGUUACCCUGAAUGGACUUCAUGGGCGAAACAACUGGACGCGAUGGAGAAGAAGGAUGAGUGGAGGAAUGUGGACGAGUCGCCAUAUUACGAUAGCAAACUCAUUAGGUUCAGACUGACCAACUUGAGACUGUUGGCACAAAAGGGCGACACUCAUUCAUUGAUAAUUGCAUUGCGCGCUGGCCUCUUGAGGAAUCUCGGAGGCAUGGGCAACAUCAGUCUGUUCCAAGAGAGCCGCGUGGGCACUAAACACGUCAUCGAGGAAUACGUCGAGGAGGUCGUCAAGCAGCUGCGCUACGUCUACGAGUUGGCCGAGUCGGACGACUUCACCCUGGAGCGCAAGUUUGACUUCUUCUACGAGACGAGGCAGGCGUUUGGUCGCACGGCCCUGUGUCUGAGCGGUGGCGCCACACUGGGAAUGUAUCACUUUGGUGUUGUCAAGGCGUUGCACGAGACCCGUCUUUUGCCACGUAUCAUCUCGGGUUCGAGCGCAGGCUCAAUCGUCGCGUCGAUGGUUGGCACGCUGACCGAGGAGGAGAUGAUGAUGUUCUUCAAGAACGAGCAUCUCAACUUGGAUGCAUUCGACAGUGGCCCAUCGUACAACAGGAAGAUCGCACGUCUGUUCAAGAAGGGCGUGUUGAUGGACAUCAAGAAGUUGCAAAAGUGCGUUCGCGAGAACAUUGGCGACCUCACCUUCAAGGAAGCCUACGACAAGACCAAGGUGGCGCUCAAUAUCACCGUGUCGUCCAAUGGCAGCUUUGAGUUCCCUCGUCUUCUAAACUACCUAACGGCGCCCAACGUCCUGGUGUGGAGUGCUGCCUGUGCCAGCUGUGCGCUCAAGUUCCUGUUCGAGCCGGUGGAGCUGAUGGCCAAGGACAAGCACGGCCACAUCAUCCCCUACCACCCCUCGGGCGUCAAGUUCACCGACGGCUCAGUUGAAGCCGACCUCCCCAUGAACCGUCUAUCGGAGUUGUUCAACGUCAACCACUUUAUCGUCUCGCAGGUCAAUCCACAUGUGAUCCCGUUCAUCAGCGACAAGGCGAUAAAGUCAACCAACUCAGUAGUCGAUGCGCUCAAGUACUUGGGCAAGUCGGAGAUCAAGCAUCGAGUGGUCCAACUGACCACGCUUGGCUUGAUACCCGCUUCUAUCAGUGGCAUCCCAUCACUGAUCACACAAAAGUACUCUGGCGACAUCACAGUCUUCCCCGAGGUGACCAUUGGCGACUAUGCCAACAUUGUAAGCAAUCCCUCUCCCGAUAUAAUGAAGAACUGUAUCAAGAAAGGUAAACAAUGUACAUGGCCAAAGGUUGCAAUUCUAAAGAAUCAUUGCCAGAUUGAGUUGACAUUAGAUUCCAUUGUGGCAGACCUUAGAGAGAGACUGAACAACAACUAUAUUCAAUCGAGAUUCCAUCGGGAAGACCUUAUUAGUUAUUCGCCCGAACCCAUCCAGCCAAUUCCAACGUCGUUCAAAGGCAAGGAAUUCCUGGAGAAGGUUAUU